CCCCGCUGCCCCGGCCGCCGCGGCGGAGGAGUCGUCGGAUAGCGAGCCCGAGCAGGAGCCCGGCUCCCCGCAGAAGCUGAUCCGCAAGGUCUCCACGUCGGGCCAGAUCCGCCAGAAGACGGUCAUAAAAGAGGGCAUGCUUAUGAAACAGACCAGCUCAUUCCAGCGCUGGAAGAGACGAUACUUCAAGUUGCGAGGACGAACUCUGUACUACGCAAAAACAGCCAAGUCAAUCAUUUUUGAUGAAGUGGAUCUGACAGAUGCCAGCGUGGCAGAAUCCAGCACUAAAAAUGUCAACAACAGCUUCACGGUUAUUACUCCAUGUCGGAAGCUUAUCCUAUGUGCUGACAACAGAAAAGAAAUGGAAGACUGGAUUGCAGCACUGAAGACUGUACAGAAUCGGGAACAUUUUGAAUCUACCCAGUACAGUAUGGACCAUUUCUCAGGUAUGCAUAACUGGUACGCCUGUUCCCAUGCUCGGCCAACAUACUGCAACGUGUGUCGGGAGGCAUUAUCAGGGGUUACGUCUCAUGGACUCUCCUGUGAAGUGUGCAAAUUUAAAGCCCACAAGCGAUGUGCUGUACGGGCAACCAAUAACUGCAAAUGGACAACACUAGCAUCUAUUGGAAAGGAUAUCAUUGAGGAUGAAGAUGGGAUUUCAAUGCCACACCAAUGGCUUGAAGGAAACCUCCCUGUGAGUGCCAAAUGCACAGUGUGUGAUAAAACUUGUGGCAGUGUCCUGCGUUUGCAAGACUGGCGCUGCCUCUGGUGCAAAGCCAUGGUACACACCUCAUGUAGAGACUUGUUACCAACCAAGUGCCCACUUGGCCUUUGUAAGGUAUCUGUCAUCCCCCCUACUGCUCUCAACAGCAUUGAUUCAGAUGGCUUCUGGAAAGCCACUUGUCCCCCGUCUUGCACAAGUCCCUUGCUGGUCUUUGUCAACUCAAAAAGUGGAGACAACCAGGGUGUAAAAUUCCUACGAAGAUUCAAACAACUGCUGAAUCCUGCACAGGUCUUUGAUCUCAUGAAUGGAGGGCCUCACCUCGGUUUACGUUUAUUCCAGAAAUUCGACACAUUCCGAAUUCUGGUGUGUGGUGGGGAUGGAAGCGUUGGGUGGGUUCUCUCUGAAAUUGACAGCCUCAGUCUCCACAAGCAGUGUCAGUUGGGAGUGUUACCUCUGGGCACAGGUAAUGACCUUGCUCGUGUGCUGGGCUGGGGAUCUGCUUGUGAUGAUGACACCCAGCUCCCGCAGAUACUGGAAAAGCUUGAAAGGGCCAGUACCAAAAUGCUUGACAGGUGGAGCAUCAUGGUGUACGAAACAAAACUCCCUCGUCAAGCAUCUACUUCUACAGUUGCUGAAGAUUUCAGUGAAGACUCUGAGGUGCAGCAGAUUCUCUUCUAUGAAGAUUCUGUGGCUGCUCAUUUAUCCAAAAUCUUGACAUCUGACCAACACUCAGUGGUCAUCUCAUCAGCCAAGGUGCUCUGUGAGACUGUGAAAGAUUUUGUGGCUCGGGUAGGGAAGGCCUAUGAGAAAGCAACGGAAAGCUCUGAGGAGUCAGAAGUUAUGGCCAGAAAGUGUUCUGUUUUGAAAGAGAAGCUGGACUCUCUUUUGAAGACACUGAAUGAAGAAUCUCAAGCGUCAACUUCUCUGCCAAACCCACCUCCUACCAUUGCCGAGGAGACAGAAGACGGUGAAGGUACUGGCAGUGUUUGUGAUUCCUCUACUGAACGUUCCAUGGGAUCAUCGUGCACAGCCCGUCCUCAGAUAUUCCGGCCACGUGAGCAGUUAAUGCUGAGAGCAAACAGUCUGAAAAAAGCCAUUCGUCAGAUUAUAGAGCAUGCGGAAAAGGCCGUAGAUGAACAGAAUGCUCAAACCCAAGAACAAGAGAGUUUUAUCCUGGGCCUCUCCACCUCCGAAGAGGGGAAGGAGCUGAGGAAUGAGAAUAAAAUCUCCUUGCAGUCUUCACACAGUGGCAACUAUGGAUUUCCAAAAGGGAGGAGCCAUCGGAAAGUGAUCAAGUCUCCUUGUGAAAGAUUAAUAAGUAAAGGAGGUUUAACAGUGGGAAGCUCUGCCUCUCUUCCUCCCCAGACAGGAACCCGGGACAAUCUGCCAAUGCUGAAUGCAAAGAUCCUCUUCCCCAAUAUUCGUGCUGGAGCAUCUGGCUCUCUACCUGGAGGAUCUGUUAUCAGCCGGUUGUUGAUCAACGCAGACCCAUUUAACUCUGAACCUGAAAAUCUUGACUGUUAUGUAGAGAAAUGUGUAAUGAACAACUAUUUUGGAAUUGGAUUGGAUGCAAAAAUUUCUUUGGACUUCAACAACAAGCGUGAUGAACAUCCAGAAAAGUGCAGAAGUCGUACAAAGAACAUGAUGUGGUACGGAGUUCUUGGGACUAAGGAGUUGCUACACAGAACUUACAAGAACUUGGAACAGAAAGUUUUGCUAGAGUGUGAUGGGCGCCCAAUCCCUUUGCCUAGUCUUCAAGGAAUUGCUGUCCUCAACAUCCCCAGUUACGCUGGAGGGACCAAUUUCUGGGGAGGAACCAAAGAAGAUGAUACAUUCACAGCUCCAUCUUUUGAUGACAAGGUUCUGGAAGUGGUAGCAGUGUUUGGUAGUAUGCAAAUGGCUGUCUCGCGUGUAAUUAAUCUUCAGCAUCAUCGGAUUGCCCAGUGCCGGACAGUGAAGAUAGCAAUCCUGGGAGAUGAGGGAGUUCCUGUGCAAGUUGAUGGAGAAGCCUGGAUCCAACCACCAGGAUAUAUUUGGAUUGUGCAUAAAAACAGAGCCCAGACAUUAACCCGUGAUAGGGCAUUUGAGAACACCUUGAAGUCCUGGGAGGAUAAACAAAAAUGUGAGCUGCCCAGACCUCCCUCUUUCUCACUGCACCCAGAGACUAUAUCUGAAGAAGAGUCCACUCAGAUCAAUCAGUUCUGCCGUGCUGCAGGAGCUCUAAUUCACAGCAUUCGAGAAAUAGCUCAGUCGUACCAGGACAUGGAACAAGAACUUGCUCACGCAGUCAAUGCUAGCUCCAAAUCUAUGGACCAAGUGUAUGCGAAAUCCAAGUCUGCAGAGGGCCUUAAUUGUAACCUUGUUGUAGAAAUGAUGAAUAAUGUUAAAGCCUUGCAUAAUGAGACAGAACUGCUCCUGGCUGGCAAAAUGGCCCUGCAGCUGGAUCCUCCACAGAAAGAGCAGCUUCUAGCAGCCCUGACAGAAAUUGACUUUCAGAUGAGGAAGUUAGCAGAUAUUCCUUGGCUGUGGCAGCUCAUGGAGCCCAGUGAUGAAGAGAACCAGAUGUUGGACUAUUCAAAACGUAGCCGGAGUGGCAAAUUUCGUCUGGUGACAAAGUUUAAAAAGGAAAAGAACAACAAAAACAAGGAGACCCGUAGCACUCUGGGAUUGCCGGUUCACCUCUGGGGAACGGAGGAGGUUGCGGCCUGGCUUGAGCAUCUCAGUCUUUGUGAGUAUAAGGAUAUCUUCAUCCGGCAUGACGUCCGGGGCUCUGAGCUCCUGCAUCUCGAACGGAGAGACCUCAAGGACCUCGGGGUGACCAAAGUGGGCCAUAUGAAGAGGAUAUUGCAUGGGAUCAAGGAACUGAGCAGGAGUAUCCCUGUCAGCGAGGCUUGACGUCUGUUUUCAGAGCCUGUGUAUACCAUUCCCACUGAUGUCUGCAAAACUGACACAUCAAGAAGUAGAUUUUC